CAAUAUCCACAGCAGGAAAGCGGGACUUUGAGACUUGGAAAUGCGUCGCGGGGGCAGGACGACCUUGAGGCAAGGCCUCGAUAAAGAGAUCUACCAAAUUGUGCGCAAAAUCGUCGACGACCAUGCCGACGAUACCCAGUUCCGUCUUUCGGUCCCGGUGAUCCUUGAUGCGAUCAAGCGGUCCAACUCCAGCUUGAAUAGGAAGCCUAAGAAAAUGCUGGAAGACAGCAUUGAGCGAGUGGUGGAUGUUAUGAAAGCCGACAUGGGCGACGAUGAAAACGAUUCCGUGAAUGGUGAUUUUGAGGGCCUGGAGGAUCAAUUGGAUCAUCCAGCUGCAGUGGAAACCAACUCUCUCAACAGAAGCAUUGUCGGCAUGUGGAACACGGGCUCCAAGACCCAAAAAUCAAAUGAAAACAACAGCGCCGACGCGCCUCCCGCAUCGGCCCCAUCCUCGAGCAAACGGCGUCAAAAGGGCGACGAGUCCCACUCGUCCAAGCGGCGCAAGGCUGACACUGCGAUUGAUCGAUCCCCUCCGACCCACGUGAGCCUCAGCGACUUGGGCGGACUGGAGGAUGUCGUCCAGGAUUUGGGUGAUCUGGUGAUUCUGCCGAUGACUCGGCCACAGGUCUAUUUGGCUUCCAAUGUGCAGCCUCCCCGCGGUGUGUUGCUGCACGGUCCGCCCGGGUGCGGUAAAACGAUGAUAGCAAAUGCGUUUGCAGCGGAGCUGGGCGUGCCGUUUAUCUCGAUCUCUGCCCCCUCGAUCGUUUCCGGGAUGUCAGGCGAGUCGGAGAAGGCGUUGCGCGAGCACUUUGAUGAGGCGAAGCGGAUAGCACCGUGUCUGAUCUUUAUUGAUGAGAUCGAUGCGAUCACCCCUAAGCGAGAGAGUGCGCAGAGGGAGAUGGAGAAGCGAAUCGUCGCACAGCUGCUCACAUGCAUGGAUGACUUGGCCUUGGAGAAGACGGACGGGAAACCGGUGAUUGUUCUUGCGGCUACCAACCGGCCAGACAGCUUGGACGCAGCCUUGCGCCGGGGAGGCCGGUUCGACAAAGAGAUCAACAUGACGGUGCCUUCGGAACCGGUCAGAGAGCAGAUUCUGCGAGCCCUGACGCGCAAGAUGCGCCUAGCAGACGACUUGGACUUCAAAACCCUGGCCAAACGGACGCCUGGAUUCGUGGGUGCUGAUCUCAACGAUCUGGUUUCUACCGCCGGCUCCACGGCGAUCAAAAGAUAUCUGGAAAUACUCAAAGCCAACACCGGUGAAGAAAUGGACCUCGAGGAGUCAGAUGAUGGUGUGAGCCCCAAGGUCAAAGAGCUGCGUCGCCUCAUCACGCACGCCAAGGAAACCCCAAUCGGAGCAGAGGCAGAGGUCGUCUUCGUCUCGAACGCAGACUUCUUCGUCGCACUCCCCAAGAUCCAGCCGUCGUCCAAGCGCGAAGGCUUCGCGACCAUCCCCGACACCACCUGGGCAGACAUCGGAGCCCUAGGCGGCGUCCGCGACGAGCUGUCGACCGCGAUCGUCGAGCCGAUCCAAGAACCCGACAUGUACGCCCGCGUCGGCAUCACAGCCCCGACAGGCGUCCUCCUCUGGGGUCCUCCAGGCUGCGGUAAGACGCUCCUGGCCAAGGCCGUGGCGAACGAGUCGCGCGCGAACUUCAUCAGCGUCAAGGGGCCAGAGCUGCUCAACAAGUUCGUGGGCGAGUCCGAGCGCGCCGUGCGACAAGUCUUCGUGCGCGCCCGCUCGUCCGUCCCCUGCGUUAUCUUCUUCGACGAGCUGGACGCGCUCGUCCCCCGUCGCGACGAUACCCUCUCCGAGGCCUCCGCCCGUGUCGUGAACACCUUGCUCACGGAGCUCGACGGCCUGGGCAGUGACCGUCAAGGCAUCUACGUGAUAGCGGCCACCAACCGGCCUGACAUCAUCGAUCCCGCGAUGCUGCGUCCCGGCCGUCUGGAGACCCUCCUCUUCGUCAACCUGCCGAGUCCUCUCGAACGGGUUGAUAUCCUGCAGACGCUCGUCCGCAACCUGUCCAUCGAGUUCUCCGAGGAUCUUAGGCGGUUGGCGGAGGAGUGCGAAGGGUUCAGCGGUGCCGACUUGGGCAGUCUACUGCGUCGUGCUGGUUACUGCGCCAUUAAGAGACGGGAUACUAUCAAGUUCGAAGACUUCGUCACUGCUAAACCUUUUAUCCGACCCAGUGUUACGGACCUCAAGAAGUACGAAAAGCUGCGGAGGGAUUGGAGCGGUGGUGUUGUUUAG